UAAUUACAAAAUAACAGUGACAAUGACAAUGACAGCUGACAGCAGACCAACAAAAGCUGAUUCUUCAUUAUUUACGUUUAGAAAUAAAUCUGAGUGUAACCACAAUAAGAGAAAGCUUGGUACACAGUCAUCAAAAAUGGCAGACGUACCGAUCGAUUGUGAUUUCCCCGUUUGGGGAUUAAUGCCGAAAAAAGAAACAGGGGUCGUUACAUUUUUAACUAAAAACGUAGAGUACGAUGGUCGCAAUACGGUCAUUGCAAUUUUGGAUUCCGGCGUUGACCCGGCGGCCGCGGGACUUAAGGAGACCAGUACAGGGGAGACUAAAGUAAUAGAAAGGUUCGACUGUAGCGGCUGUGGCGAUGUGGACACAAGUACAGUUCGCAAGGUAGUGGACGGACAUAUUACCGGCAUCACAGGCCGAAAACUGACGAUACCCAGUGAAUGGGACAACCCUAAGGGAGAAUGGCGUGUGGGAGUUCUCUACCCCUUCAGCCUAUACCCCUCCAAAGUAAAAGAAAGAAUACAAGAGCACAGAAAAAAUAACUGGGAUGUUGGUCACAAGCCUGCAUUUGCACAGGCUAGCAAAGAGCUGCAGGAAUUUGAAAAUGAAGUGGCAUCAAAAACAACCCUCACACAAGAGGAAAAAUUACAAAAAGAGGAAUUGGAGGCCCGAGUGGAGGUAUUGAAAGAAGCAGAGAAGAAAUACACAGACUUAGGUCCCGCUUAUGACUGUGUACUGUUCCACGAUGGAACUGUUUGGAGAGCAUGUAUAGACACGUCUGAGUCGGGCCAGCUGAGCGCCGGCACGCUGCUGGGCGAGUACAGCGCCACGCACGAGCACGCGCACCUCACGCCGCUGGACGAGAUGACGGUCAGCGUCAACGUGCACGACGCCGGCAACACGCUGGAGGUGGUGGGCAUGUGCUCAACCCACGGCACCCAUGUGGCCGCGAUAGCAGCUGGUUACUUCCCCGAUGCGCCAGACAAGAAUGGCGUCGCUCCCGGCGCUAAGAUAGUGUCGUUAACAAUCGGCGACAGCCGGCUGGGCUCCAUGGAGACCGGCACGGCUCUCGUGAGGGCUUGCAUCAAGGUCAUGGAGCUGUCCAAGACCAUGAAGAUUGACGUUAUCAACAUGAGUUAUGGGGAGCACGCACACUGGUCCAAUGCUGGGCGAGUGGGCGACGUGAUCAGCUCGGUGGUGAACCGCUACGGCGUGUCGUGGGUGGUGUCGGCCGGCAACCACGGGCCCGCGCUGGCCACCGUGGGCGCGCCGCCCGACAUCGCGCAGCCCAUACUCAUCGGCGUGGGCGCGUACGUGUCGGCGGAGAUGAUGCUGGCGGCGUACUCCAUGCGCGUGCGCGGCGCGCCCGGCGCCUUCAGCUGGAGCUCGCGCGGGCCCUGCGCCGACGGCGCCGCCGGCCUGUCCGUGUGCGCGCCCGGCGGCGCCGUCGCCUCCGUCGCCAGGUUCACCCUGCGGAACUGUCAGCUGAUGAACGGCACGUCGAUGGCGGCGCCGCACGUCGCCGGAGCAGUCGCGGUGCUAAUAUCGGGGCUGAAGGCUCAGGAGUUGCCUUACUCGCCGUACUCCAUCAAGCGAGCGCUGGAGAACUCCGCCACCUACCUGGAGCACGUGGAGCCCUGGGCGCAGGGCUGCGGCCUGCUCAACAUCGAAAAGGCCUUCGAGCUGCUCACGAAGUACCACGACCAGCCCGAGUGUGACGUCACGUUCAGCCUCAAGUGCGGCACCAGCAACGCCAAGGGCAUCUUCCUGCGGCCCAGGCUGGAAGAGGCGCCGCCCAAGGACAUCGGCGUCACGGUGGAGCCGCAGUUCCUGGAGAACUAUAUGGAUGAAGAAAACAAGCUCGUCAUACCCAAGCAGAUCGCGUACGGGCAGCGCCUGGCGCUCACCUGCGCCGCCGCCUGGGUGUCGCACCCCGCGCACCUGGACCUCAUGAACGCGCCGCGCCCGCUCGCCGUGCGCGUCAGCACCGCCGCGCUGCCGCCCGGCCCGCACUUCGCCAGUAUAGACGCGUACGACGUGUCGUGCGUGGGCAAGGGGCCCGCCUUCCGCAUCCCCAUCACCGUGCUGCAGCCGCAGCCGCUGGCCGCCCCGCCCGCCGCGCCGCAGCUCGAUGAGAAGGACGUGCUGUUCAAGCCGUCCACCAUCAAGCGGCACAUCGUCGUCGUGCCGCUGGAGGCCACGUGGGGCGUGGUGCGCAUCACGCGGCGCGGCGGCGAGAGCGGCGCGCGCUUCCUCGUGCACGCCAUGCAGCUGGCGCCGCGCCGCUCGUGCCGCGCGCACGACACGCACCGCAUGCUGGUGCUGGCGCCCGCCGCGCCCGUCGCCGCGCCCUUCCGCCUGCUGGGCGGCGUGACCCUGGAGGUGGUGAUAGCCAAGUACUGGGCCAACGUGGGCGACAUCACCGUGGACUACAGCAUCGAGUUCCACGGCCUCAAGCCGGACUUCGGCAGCCGGCUCACCAUGAGCGCGGCCGCGCUGGGCGCCGUGCAGCUGGCCGCGCUGCGCCCGCAGGAGGUGCAGCCCUCCGCGCAGCUCAAGCACAUCGAGCCGGUGUACAGACCGUCGGAGUCGAAGCUUGUGCCUCUGACGGCGCGCGACGUGAUCCCGCCCAGCCGCCAGGUGUACCAGCUGCUCAACACCUACACCUUCCACAUCGCCAAGGCCACCGAGGUGUCGCCGAUAGUGCCGAUGCUGUGUGACAUGCUGUACGAGUCGGAGUUCGAGUCCCAGAUGUGGAUGCUGUACAACAGCUGCAAGCAGCUCAUGGCUGUCGGAGACGCGUACCCUUCCAAGUACUCAGCGAAAGUGGAGAAGGGCGAGUACACGCUGCGCCUGAGCGUGCGACACGACAAUCGCGCGCUGCUGGAGCGACUGUCGGAGAUGCCGGUCGUCAUACAGCAGCGACUCUCGCAGCCGAUCACGCUUGACGCCUACUUCUCGCAGCCACAGGCGUUAACUGGUGGAAAGAAGUUUACGUCGACGUCGCUGGCAAAUGGCGAGCUUCUACCUUUGUACUUCACUCCUGUGGCCGCUGAGAAGAUCAGCCGCUCCAGCAUCUCUGCGGGCGUGACGCUGACGGGCGCGGUGACGUUCGCCAAGGACGAGCUGGGCCACAAGACGGACGCGUACGCGCUGGCGCUGCUGGCGUGCGAGCCGCCGCGCCGCGCGCCGCGCGAGCCGCGCCCGCGCGACGACUACGCCGACGCCUACAAGGACUUCGUCGCGCUGUGGCUGCCCAAGCUGGAGGGUGAAAAGCUGGAGCAGGCGUACGAAGAGCUGGUAGAGAAGUUCCCCAACUUCCUCGGCGCGCACAUAGCGUACUUGCACGGCAUCGACUCGCCCACCGACCCCAAGAAGUUGCCGAGUGCUACGGAAGAACCCGAUGUCACCACCGCGUGGUGUGAACAGCUGAUCACUACAUCUGAAAAGGUCAUAAAGCAGAUAGAGCAAGACAAGCUGCUGGCCUACCUCGGCAUGAAGAACGACACGCGGUGCGACGCCACCAAGAUCAAACAAGAGCACGAGAAGCAGAAGACCUACCUCAUAGACGCGCUGUGCCGCAAGGGCACGGCGCUGUGCCGGUUGAAGGCGCUGGCGGAGAGCCCGGCCGCCAAGGAGAAGCUCGCUGACGCGCUGCACACCAACAUGGCCGACCUGCUCAAGUUCGCCGACCUCACCGACGCCAAGGUCAUCCACUACGGCGUGUGGCACUGCUUCAGCCUGAAGCACUGGGGGCGGGCCAUCAAGCUGCUCACCAAGAUCCUGGAGGAGAAACCCUCCAAGGAGGUGGAAGAGAGGCUCGCGCAGGCAGCCAGCCAGCUCGGCUGGGAGUACCUGGACACCGCCACGAGACUGGCGAUACCCGUCAAGUAUCCGGCCUCCUACAGACCCUUCUGAUGAUGUCACCGACAGCACUUUCAGCCCAACGGUGUUCGCGCAACGUUGAACUAUUGCUAGCAGCACAAGCUUUACGCUCAGUUGGGAGGGGAGAUAUUAGUCGAAUUUAGUGUUCAUCCAAGCAAUACAAUAAAAUACAGUGUUCAUCCAAGCAAUACAAUACAAUUUAGUGUUCAUACAAGCAAUACAAUUCAAUAUAGUGUUCAUCCAAGCAAUACAAUACAAUAUAGCGUUCAUACAAGCAAUACAAUAAAAUAUAGUGUUCAUCCAAGCAAUACAAUACAAUAUAGUGUUCAUCCAAGCAAUACAAUACAAUAUAGUGUUCAUCCAAGUAAUACAAUAUAGCGUUCAUACAAGUAAUACAAUAAAAUAUAGUGUUCAUACAAGCAAUACAAUACAAUAUAGUGUUCAUACAAGCAAUAUAAUACAAUAUACACUAUAUAAUACAAUAUACAGUGUUCAUCCAAGCAAUAAAUACAAUUUAGUGUUCAUACAAGCAAUACAAUUCAAUAUAGUGUUCAACCAAGCAAUACAAUACAAUAUAGCGUUCAUACAAGCAAUGCAAUAAAAUAUAGUGUUCAUCCAAGCAAUACAAUAUAGCAUUCAUACAAGUAAUACAAUAAAAUAUAGUGUUCAUACAAGCAAUACAAUACAAUAUAGUGUUCAUACAAGCAAUAUAAUACAAUAUAGUGUUCAUCCAAGCAAUACAAUACAAUAUAACGUUCAUACAAUCAAUACAAUAUAUUAUAGUGUUCAUACAAGCAAUACAAUAGAAUAUAAAACAAUAUUAUGUAGUUUGUCUACUUUUUGAAGUCUGUUUAUCUUUGAUGUAUUACGGUGUACACAAACGUUUGACAGUUACCAGUAACUAUUCUGUAACGUUUCUGUAAUAUGACAGUGUGAGCUCGGAAUUCGUUUGUAUCACUCGUUAUUUUUAGUAUGGAGUUAGACAGAGAUAGAGAUGAAUUCGAGACUUACACUGUCGAAUUAUGAAAGAAAGAAACGUACGUCUCGGGACGCUCGACAGAAGUGAUACCUUAAACCUGCGCCUGUAUGCGUGAUACAAAGGGAAGCCAAACAUAGUGGCGCCGUAACGCGUAACGUUACGAAGUAGUUUGAGAAGGUUAUAAGGACGUUUUGAAGUUAUAAGAAGUUAUAACUUCAUCAUCAAACGUCGUGUCAGAAUAGAACUGCAGUGCGCGUUGGUGUGUAAAACUGAUUGAACGAAACUUUCUGUUUAUCACAUACCGUUUGUAUCUAAUAAACAGAAAGUUUAAAGCAGUAAAGUUGGUUGGCAUCUUACCAUUCCAUCCUAAUUGACUCCCCGGAGUAGUGUAACUACAUAUAUACAUGGGACUUAGUCCGUGCAUCACAAGUCACAGGAUGUGUUUAUAAAUUAAUUAAAAAUGCUAUAUACUAUACAUGCAUUCGCAAAUAAUGCUUUGUUAUAAAUUUUUAACCUUUCAUUCACAUCAGAGUAAUAAUAAUUAUAGAUAUUCUAUUUUCAAAAGACUGUGUAGCUAGUUGCAGUCGGAAGGCGUACAGACACCGCGUUUGUGAAAAUAUUGUGUCAAGGUUAAAACUGAAAAAGGAUUUUUUAAUAGACGGGCUUGGAAAUGUAUCACUAAAUAAUAAAAAUCUGUUACUGUUUUGCUGGCAACGUUAUUUCUAACAUCCAAAUUACAAAGCCUUCCGAAAAUAGAAUAUCUAUACACUACUACUACACUAUACUAUUGCAUAGCCACUAUUUGUCUGUAUUAUAUUAUCUACAUUAAACGCCAUGAAUGUCAGCUUAGCUUUUGUUAUGCAGUGUAAGCUCUGUGUAGUUUGUACAAUAAAAGCAGUUUGUCACACUAGGGCCGAAAGUGUUCUGUAAAUGUGCCCUAAACUUGACUAAUAUUAUUUAAAAACAGAUUAGUGUAUUAUAUUUAAAUAUAUGAGGUACUUACGUUGCGUGUAUUACUUUAAUGCUUAAGAUUCUCCAUUGCCUUCACGCUUAGCAUGCGUCUACGAUAUAUCGGGAAGAGAUGUACUGUCGACCAAUAGCGAACAUGUUUCUCUCUGUUUCGUCCAAUUGUAUCGGAAGUGAAAGUGAUAUCUUCGCUUUAAUAGACGUAUGCUAGUCGUUCUGCUAUGCCUAAAAAACCGUUAAACGCUAUUUCAAGCUUUUGUCAGUACUAUUCUUGCUAAUUGGGAUGCAAAAAUGGACUGAGAGUACUGUAAUGGUCACAUCUUCCUCAUUUUAUAAGGUCUGAAAGUUUACCAAUACAUGCUCCUACUACGUAACUACUAACUAUAGAAUUCACAGUUAUUUAUAUGGCUUUGGCACAAAAGCAGGUUUCAAAAGUUCAGACUUUCAAAUUUCCAAGGAUUUGAGAAAUCACUUAGCUUCAUGACUGCUCUUUUAGAGACCCUUAAUGUAUAAUCUUUAAUAGUUCGGACCAGCCAGCAAGCUAGCGUAAUGUUUUUCAAAUUUUCCGCAGAACCAUAUAAAAAAAACAAUUGGAUGCACUCCGGGAGUACUGAAUACUUAAACAUUAACAUUUUACAUUUUUUAAUAUUUUGGAAUGGUCAGGGAAUAAUUUCGUAUUUUUAUUUAUCAGUAUAAAAGUACUAUCAUUUAUGUGGUAAAAUACAAUAUUCAUUUAUUGCACACAAACAUGACAAAUUAUAUUACACGAAAAAUUUAACACUUGCUGAAAUAAGAAACGAAUAGUCUUGAUUCGAAUUUACGUAUCAAUAGUAAUUUUGUACUUCGUUGUGUCAUGUGUCAAAUUCAUUCCAAUCUGGCUACCUCCCAAAGCAACCACAGUCCAAAGACUACUUGGUGUACUUACUUGCCUAGGGCAGGAACAUGGGCUGACAAAUUUUCAGCUUUUAUUAAAUGAGGGAGGUCUCGCUGUUACAGUCUCUGGCUCUUUAAUACAACAAUAAAUAAUUGCAAUUUGUUUGCCAAACCUUUGAAAGAGGCAGAUGAAUGGAGUUAGUCGUGUUAAAUAUAGAUUAUAUGAAAAUAGCUUAAUUUAAAUAGUCGCUAGUUUAGUGGGCAUUUAAAUAACCUCGUUUUUAUAUGAAUCUGUCCAACAAUUUCUAUUACAUUGUUGUGCGGGUCACAAAUAGCCGAUUAAAAAUAGUUAAAAAUAGUUUUUAAAUUCUGUUCACAUGGAUGAUAUGUAUAAUAUUUUUUUUGUAUAAAAUAUUGUUCACAAUAUUGUAGAAGGGUGCUCAAAAGACUAGAUCAAUGUUAAGUUUUUUUUUAAAUUUUUUAAUUUUUUUAUAAUAGAUAAUAAACUAAGCAAGCGAAUAGAUGUCACCUCAUUAGCUUAAUUAUACUUAUAAUCAACAACGAAAUAAAGUUUUAAUUAAGUAAAAAAAAA